UGAAGAAUGACGUUUUCGCUGGCAUCAGUUUAAUUAUAGUUGCCUUGAAGAGAGCGAGUCAGAGACAGACUGAGUAGUGUACGGGAAGGCACAUGAGCAGUGGAGACAGGCAUCUGGACGUUUCACAUGUGGACAUACUCAGGAGGAAUGACUCUUCAACCGACAAGCACCCCAGGCUUCAACACCACAGCUUUAUAUGGAGACCAGGACAUCCCCAAUGGCACUGACUGUCCUGACCUGGACGCCUGGGAGUGGCUCAACACCAGCCAGCCCGUAUACAUCCUGUUUAUCACUGUUCUGGGAAUUGUGUUUAACGUGUUUGUCCUGAUGGUUUUCUGCCUUCAUAAGAAGCCCUGCACCGUGGCUGAGAUCUACUUGAGCAACCUGGCUGCCGCUGACCUUGUUCUGGUGUCUUGUUUGCCUUUCUGGGCCAUCAACAUAGCCAACGGUUUCAACUGGCCUUUUGGUCAGUUUCUGUGCAAAGUCGUCAACCUGGGCAUUAAGAUGAACGCCUACUCCAGCAUCUACUUCCUCGUUUUGGUUAGCAUAGAUCGCUAUGUGGCACUGGUGCAUACGAUGUCCUAUGGCAGGAUGCGUAGGCCAAAAUAUGCCAAACUGGGCUGCUUGCUGAUGUGGGGUUUCGGAUUGCUCCUGAGUGUCCCCACGCUCAUCUUCAGGAAAGUGGAACACUUCCCUGAGUAUGGUGUACAUGCGUGCUUUCUGGACUACCCAAACCCCACUGUAGAGCAGGUCUGUAAUGGGAUGUUGGUUGUUUUUAGCUUCAUCAUCCCCAUUUCCAUCAUCUCAUUCUGCACUAUCAAGAUUAUUCAGGCUUUGAAGAUCCAGUCAUUAGAGAGGUUCAAUGCUGAGAAAACGGAGCAGAGGGCCACCACUCUGGUGCUGGUGGUCCUCCUGGCGUUCCUGAUCUGCUGGGUGCCAUUCCACGUGGUCACCACACUGGACGUGCUGUUACAAGCUAAUAUCUUGAAAGGGUGUCACCUCACGAAUGUCCUAGAAAUCUGCAACCAGAUCUUCACCUACUUAGCCUUCUUUAACAGCGUUCUCAACCCCAUCCUCUACGUCAUUGUAGGAAAGAACUUCCGGAAAAAAGUUCGGGAGGUCCUCAACCAGUGGAGCAAUAAGAAGAAAGAGUCCUCUGAGUCCACACGUUCAAACCUGACCUCUACACUGAAGACUAAGCGGCGCAGCUCUGUGGCCGACAUCUACCUGAGCAACCUGGCAGCAGCUGAUCUCAUCAUGGUCUCCUGCCUACCGUUCUGGGUUGCGACCAUUAUCAACAAGUUCCACUGGAGGUUCGGGGAGCCUAUGUGCCAGCUUGUCAACAUUGUCAUUGGGAUGAAUUAUUAUUGCAGUGUGCUGUUCCUGACGGUUGUGAGCGUGGACAGAUACCUGGCCCUCACUAGACCCCUAACCCAAGGGAGGGAGAGACGGGCCAUCUGGGCACGUUGGAUUUGCUUCAGUAUCUGGAUUGCUGGGGUCUUGCUCAGCUUCCCAGCUAUCCUCUUCCGUUCCGUCCAGUUCUUCCCUCAUCUGGGCAUUGACGCAUGCUAUGUAGCAUAUCCCCAUGAAGGCUGGAGAUUGCGCUACAACAUGACUGUCGGCAUAGUAGGCUUCCUUAUCCCUGUUCCCAUUAUAUCCUUCUGUAGCUACCAUGUCACGAAAGUCCUUCGGAGCAGCCGGAAGAUGAAAAAGGGCAGCAGAGGCAGUGCAGAGAGGAAGGCUGCGUGCCUUGUCCUUGUCGUUCUGGCUGUGUUCAUUCUCUGCUGGCUGCCCUACCAGAUUCUGAUCUUCUUGGACACCCUUGAUCUCUACGAGCCCAUGGAGCCAGUGACACUUGCAUCUGUGGUAAAACUGUGGUCCGAAAACACCAGUGCGUCCCUGCCAUUCGAUCCAUCACAGUCUGCAGACUGGGAGCUGGUCCACACCAUCAUCCCCCCCUACAUCUUCACCGUAUCCCUGCUGGGCCUCCUCUUUAACGGCUUUGUCCUGGGGGUGUACCUCGUCCACAAGGAUCGACUGACUGUAGCGGAGAUCUACCUGAGCAACCUGGCGCUGGCUGACUUUACCCUCCUAUGCAGCCUCCCGUUCUGGGCGAUGAACAUCCUCAACGACUACAACUGGCCGUACGGAGAUGCCUUAUGCAAAAUAGUCAAUUCCAUCAUCAUCACCAAUUUCUACACCAGCAGCUACACCCUGGUCAUGAUUAGUGUCGAUCGCUACCUGGCACUUGUGAAGACUAUGAAGGCCAGGUGGCUGCGACGGACACUUUACGCCAAGGUGAUCUGCCUCAUCCUGUGGAUAUUAGGGUUCUUAUUGAGCACACCAACCAUGGUUCACAGAAAGGUGAAGUUCUUCGAGGAGUAUGAGACAAUGUCCUGUGUGCUGGAUUAUAGUCACGACAGCUAUUGGAAGUUGGCCCAUCAGAUUCUGAUGAACGUGGUGGGCUUCAUGCUCCCUGUUCUGGUCAUUGUUUUCAGCAGUGGGAACAUAAUCAAGUCUUUAGCUCAGAGGAAGGAGAGUGUAAGUUUCCAGGACAUUAAUGACACAAAGGCUACAGUUCUGGUGUAUGCUGUCACACUGCUAUUCAUACUGUGCUGGGGACCCUUCCAGGUAUUCACCUUCCUCGACACACUCUGUGAUGUCCAAGCCUUGGAUGAGACGCUGUGGUUCCACAUUCUCAACAUCGGAGGCCAGGUUUCAGUGUAUCUGGCCUUUCUGAACAGUGCUCUGAAUCCACUGCUGUAUGUCUUCUCAGGGCAGUACUUUAGGAAGAAAGUCAGCACCAUCUACAGGAGGACUAGGCAUCAUCGCAGAGGAUCAGAUAUGACAACAUACCAACGCUCUGUCGUGUCAACUUACAUCAACAGAGUGGAGCAAAUUAAGGCUGUGGUCAUUCUUAAUGCAAACCAUUAG